AUGUCUUCUAUAUUUCAUCCAGCUCCUUCUUUAUCGAUCAUUCUGUUUACAACAACGUUAGUAGUAUGGUACAUCAAUAACAAUGUAGCUGUUCGGAUCAUCGAUGCCCAUGGUUCUAAAAUCAUUGAUCCCACUUUACGCGCUUUUAUGAGAAAAUUAACUGGUGGAGAUCAGCAGAAAGCUAAUUCAUCGAUUCAAGGUUGUUUCUUUGGUGGUUAUGAUUUUUCAUUCUUAAAUCGUAAUAAUGGUAGUGAUUAUAUCGGUGUUGAUGUUGGAGUUAUUACUAAUACAUAUAAAAUGAAUAUUUGCGGACCAGUCAAUGAUGAUGUAUGUCAAUAUUCCUGGAAAAUUCCAACUUCGGUUUGUUAUAUUUGUACCAAAGGUAAUCCUCACAUCCUGGGUCAUGUCACCUUGAUUGGUUCCUUUGGUGCUGAUGGUGCUGGUGUAGCAUGGAAUUUCAUUAAUUAUAGUAAACCUGAACUCGGUGUAACUAUGACAUAUAUCAAUGGAGAAAAUCCAUGUUUCUGUCCAAGUGGUCACCAGUGUUUACCAGCAACUAUUAUUGCUCUUCAAUGUGCUGAUGAAACGGAAAAUACUUUUUCUAUUUUUGUUGAUACCAAUACAUGCAUCACUUAUUUAUAUCUGAACAUUAAAUGUCCAAAUUAA